AUGAAAGCAUACAAUUUAUUCAUUUCACUAUGUAUUGUUCUCAUUUUGCCAACCUUAAAUGGCAAUACGUUAGAGAAUACUACGAAUUCGGAAGAUGAUUUCCAAGUUUCAGACAUAGAAGAAAAACUUUGGCAGGAAAUGGAAGCAAGAGCUGAAAAGACCAACCGAGAAGCAUAUUUUACAAACCCAUAUGAAGUCUCUAAAAACUUCACUUCUAUCAUUGCGGAAGACGUAGAAGGGCACAAUAACACAAGGAGAAGCUUGAAAGGGAAAAAGGCAGGGCUUCCAUGCACGGCAACGAACCCCAUUGAUAGAUGUUGGAGAUGUGAUCCUAACUGGGAAAAAGAUCGCCAAAAACUUGCAACUUGUGUUCUGGGUUUUGGAAAAAAUACUAUUGGUGGAAAAGGUGGUGAGUUUUAUACGGUUACGGAUCCUUCCGACGACGACAUUGUUAAUCCAAAACCAGGUACCCUGCGAUAUGCAGUGACUAGGGAUAGACCCUUGUGGAUAAUCUUUUCACGUAACAUGAACAUUAAGCUGACCCAGGAGCUCUUGGUGUCAAGUGACAAGACCAUUGACGGAAGAGGAGUUGAUGUUCACAUUAGUAAGGGAUGUGGCAUCACUAUUAACUACGCCCAAAAUGUAAUCAUCCAUGGGAUCAAGGUAUAUGACAUUAAACCCGGUGUUGGUGGACGUAUUAGGUACGGUGAGGGAGAGAAGACUCAUAUUAGGACACGUAGUGAUGGUGAUGGAAUUAGCAUUUAUGCUUCUAGCAAUGUUUGGAUUGACCAUGUUUCCAUGAGAAAUUGCACUGAUGGUCUCAUUGAUGCUAUUAGAGGUUCCACUGCAAUUACCAUCUCCAAUUGCCAUUUUACAGACCAUAAUAAGGUCAUGCUUUUUGGUGCUAAUGAUUUUUCUCCCGAUGAUAAAAUAAUGCAAAUCACGGUGGCCUUUAACCACUUUGGUAAAAGAUUAGUGCAAAGAAUGCCAAGGUGUAGAUUUGGAUUUUUCCAUUUGGUAAAUAAUGACUAUACUCAUUGGGAAAUGUAUGCUAUUGGGGGUAGCAUGCAUCCUAUCAUUAUUAGUGAGGGUAAUCGAUUUAUGGCUUCUAAUGACAGCACUGCUAAAGAGGUAACAAAGAGGAACGGACUAGUUGGGCUAAAUUUAUGGCAAUGGAAAUCAAUCAACGAUGAAUUUAUUAAUGGAGCAUUUUUUAAGGAAUCUGGACCUGAUCUAGUGCUAAGUCACCUAUUCAAACCUGAAGACAUCUUGAAAGCAAUACCUGGCAGAUUUGUGAGUUCCCUAACAGAAUUUGCUGGGGCGCUUAGGUGUAGGUAUGGUCGACCUUGUUAA